UUUUUUUUUUCUGAAACUCACAAUCUUUAUGGUUUUAUACUUUUUGUAGGCAUUAACUCAUGUUUCAGGAAUAGACCAGAAUUGUGACUUUAUAAAGGUUAGUUAGAGAUUCUUUUUAUUUUAAAGGGUAUAUAGCUUUUCUACAAAGGACUUGAUUGUUCUUUUGUGAUCAGCUAAUGUUGCAUUCUAAUUUAAUGAAGAUCAGUUUUCUUUUUUUGUGUAGCAUCUAUUCAGUCAUUCAAACUGGGCUCAGUCUCUUGAUAACCUUGAUGUUGCAAACUUAUUUUGCUAUCCCAAAACAUUUUAAAGACUUGAUUCAAACCAAAGAGAAAUAGAAGUUUUGGUGUUCAUCAAGAGACAUCUAUUCUCAAUCCGUUCUCCAAUCUAUUCUCAAACCCAACGCCACUGCAGCAGAUGUUUGGAAGACUAUUGAAGACCUGUUUCAUGAAAAUAAAGAGACUAAAGCCAUGGAAUUAGAUGAUGAACUUCGUUCUAUCACCAUUGGCGAUUCUACAGUUAUGGAAUAUUAUACACGUAUCAAGUCCAUCUCUGAUCUUCUUGCUAAUAUUGGAUCCCCAGUACCCGAAAGAAACCUCGUUAUUUAUGCCAUCAAUGGUUUAUCUCAGAAAUUUGCCCAUGUCGUCACCACCAUUCGACAUCAAAAACUGUUUCCUACUUUCCUUGAGAUGCGCUCCAUGUUAACCCUUGAAGAACGGUCCAUGGCAAAAGAUAACUCCCGUCACGUUCAAGCCUCACAUCAAGACAAUGCAUCUUCACCAACCAUUCUCACCACCGAGCACCAAAAUCGCCCCUCUCAUUCUCGAUUAAAUACCACCGGAGGUAGAGGUGGUGGUCGGAAUCAACGUGGCGGCGGCAGGGGAGGUCGGAACGGCGGGAGAGCUAGCGGAAGGCAGGGACGAUCUGGAGGCGGAGGCUUCGCACGCGGUCAAAAUUGGGGGGGGGGGGGGAUAUUCUCCCUGGAUGACGUUCUCGCAGAUUCAAGGUCAACACCAGCAUCGUGGGCUAUUACCUUCUCCACCAAUUCAACAAUUCCCAUGGCCCAAUAAUCAAUACUCAAAUUCUCAACACCAAUGGCCCAAUUCGAAUUUAGCCCAUCAGCAAGCUCUUUUCUCCAUGUCUCAGCAGCCCAAUAAUCAGUCCAACAGCUGGCAAUGGUUUCAAUACCCGAAUAAUAUGGAUCAACCGACCACCUUACCGCAAACAUUUAACACUAUGACUCUUCAAGACCCAAACAAUGCAGAUUGGUAUAUGGACACCGGGGCAACCGCUCAUCUUCACGCCGAUUCAAGUAGUCUCAAGUCCUUUAAACAUAAGUGCACUAAUUCAAAUAUAUCAGUUUUAGUCGGCAAUGGGUCUCGUAUUCCUGUCACCAAAAUUGCUCACUCUACUCUAGCUUUACCUUUUCGCACCCUUAUUUUAAAAAAUGUUCCAAUCACUCCCCAAAUUAUUAAAAAUCUUGUUUCUGUUCGUCAAUUUACUCGUGAUAAUAAAUGUUCUAUAGAAUUUGACAAGUUUGGUUUUUCUGUGAAGGAUUUUCUCACCAAACGCACCCUCCUUCGAUGUGAUAGCACCGGAGAUCUUUACCCAGUCACCAAACCGAGUCCUCAAGUCUUUCUCAGUCUCAGCUCAUCAUUAUGGCAUCAAAGACUCGGUCAUCCUAGUCAACCUGUUCUAAAACAAUUAAUUUCUAGCAAUUCCAUUUCAUGUAAUAAAAAUGAUUCGUCAUUUCUUUGUCAUGCGUGUCAACUUGGCAAGCAUACUCGUUUAUCUUUCUCGUUAUCUAAAACUCACACUUUAUUUCCUUUUCAAGUUAUUCAUUCGGAUGUAUGGACUUCACCCUUGCAAAGUCAUAGUGGAAUAAAAUAUUAUGUUGUUUUUAUUGACCAAUUUUCUCAUUUUGUGUGGGUGUACCCUCUUAGACUGAAAUCAGAUGUGUUCUCCAAAUUUCUUCAUUUUCGUGCAUAUGUCAAAAAUCAAUUCAACACCGAUAUUCAAACAUUUCAAUGUGACAACGGAAAAGAAUAUGACAACUCUCUCUUUCAUCAACUUUGUGACACCAAUGGCAUACACAUUCGUUUCUCAUGUCCAUACACUUCCCAACAAAAUGGGAAAUCUGAGCGUAUGCUUCGUACUUUAAAUAAUAUGAUUCGUACCCUUCUUUUCCAAGCUCAUCUUCCCCCCACUUAUUGGGUGGAAUCUCUCCAUAUGUCCGCUCAUCUCUUGAAUAUUCUUCCAUCCACAUCUAUCCACAAUAACACGCCAUUUCACAGACUCUUCAACAAACACCCGUCCUACUCUCAUCUUCGAGUGUUCGGGUUUUUGUUGUCUCAAUCUUCAUUCUAA